AUGCAUAGUUCACAAGAAGAUGGGGGGACGUCAGAGGAGGGAAGCAUCAUCCGGACCGUCUUGACUCCUAAGCCUGUCUUGGCUGCAAACCGCUUGGAGAUCGUCCGCUUUAAGCCACGCACAUGCGAGCCUGACGCAUGCCACCAUUCAAGGGUCAGCAACGUACCCAAGCAGUUCGAUAAGAUGAUGGGCCAGGUCCGACAUUAG